UCCAACCCUAACACUGACCCUAACUCCAACCCUAACACUGACCCUAACUCCAACCCUAACACUGACCCUAACACCAACCCUAACACUGACCCUGACUCCAACCCUAACACUGACCCUAACUCCAACCCUAACACCGACCCUAACUCCAACCCUAACACAGACCCUAACUCCAACCCCAACACUCACCCUAACUUCAACCCUAGCACUAAACCUGACUCCAACCCUAACACUGACCCUAACUCCAACCCUAGCACUGACCCUAACUCCAACCCUAACACUGACCCUAACUCCAACCCUAACACUGACCCUAAUUCCAACCCUAACACUCAGCCUAACUCCAACCCUAACACUCAGCCUAACUCCAACCCUAACACUCAGCCUAACUCCAACCCUAACACUCAGCCUAACUCCAACCCUAACACCGACCCUAACUCCAACCCCAUCACUGACCCUAACUCCAACCCUAACACUCAGCCUAACUCCAACCCUAACACUGACCCUAACUCCAACCCUAACACUGACCCUAACUCCAACCCUAACAUUGACCCUAACUCCAACCCUAACACUGACACUAACUCCAACCCUAACACUCAGCCUAACUCCAACCCUAACACUGACCCUAACUCCAACCCUAACACUGACCCUAACUCCAACCCUAACAUUGACCCUAACUUCAACCCUAACACUCAGCCUAACUCCAACCCUAACACUCAGCCUAACUCCAACCCUAACACUGACCCUAACUCCAACCCUAACACUGACCCUAACUCCAACCCUAACACUGACCCUAACUCCAACCCUAACACUGACCCUAACUCCAACCCUAACACUGACACUAACUCCAACCCUCACACUGACCCUAACCUCAACCUUAACACUGACCCUAACCCCAACCCUAACACUGACCCUGACUCCAACCCUAACACUGACCCUAACUCCAACCCUAACACCGACCCUAACUCCAACCCUAACACUGACCCUAACUUCAACCCUAACACUCAGCCUAACUCCAACCCUAACACUCAGCCUAACUCCAACCCUAACACUGACCCUAACUCCAACCCUAACACUGACCCUAACUCCAACCCUAACACUAACCUUACUCCAACUAACCACCCCAACAAUAACCCUAGACGUAACCCUAAGCUUCCCCAGUGA